GAGGAGGUGGUCCUCUGGCCACUGGAGUACAGGGCUUGCACUGGCUGCCGGCGCUGGCUGGAGGCUGUGUUCCCAAGGUUCUCACGGGAAUUCUUUCCCUCCUCCGGGGCCAUCCCACCGCUGUCCAGCAGCCUCCCUGAGCGCGCGAUUCCCUAGUCCCCGGGUACGGUGUGAGCAAGUGGGCAGAACGGUCGCCGGGGAAAUAGGCCCCCCAGGGGAGACGGCAGCGGGGCCAUGGCCCGGAGAUCGGGGCCAGCGCCGGCAGUCAGUGGAGAGGAGUUCUCCUUCGUCAGUCCGGUGGUGAAAUACUUGCUCUUUUUUUUCAACUUGCUUUUUUGGGUAAUUUCUAUGGUACUGGUUGGUGUAGGAGUCUAUGCACGUCUAAUGAAGCAUGAAGAGGCAGCUAUGGCCUGCCUGGCAGUGGACCCAGCCAUCCUGCUAAUCAUAGUGGGCAUCCUCAUGUUUCUACUCACUUUCUGUGGCUGCAUCGGAUCCCUUCGGGAAAACAUCUGCCUCUUACAAACGUUCUCUUUCUGCCUCACCAUCGUAUUCCUGCUCCAGUUAGCUGCCGGAGUCCUGGGCUUUGUUUUUUCAGACGAGGCUCGUGGAAAAGUGAGUGAAAUCAUCAACAAUGCCAUUGUACACUACCGAGAUGACCUAGACCUACAGAACCUCAUUGACUUUGGCCAGAAGGAGUUCCACUGCUGUGGUGGAAUUUCCUAUAAGGAUUGGUCCCAAAACAUGUACUUCAACUGUACAGAAGACAACCCCAGCCGGGAGCGAUGUUCUGUGCCUUACUCCUGCUGCUUGCACAAACCCAAUCAGGCAGUAAUCAACACCAUGUGUGGCCGAGGUAUGCAAGCUCUUGACUACUUGGAGGCUGGUAAAGUCAUUUACACCAAUGGCUGCAUUGACAAGCUAGUCAACUGGAUCCAUAGCAACCUCUUCCUCGUUGGGGGUGUGGCACUAGGCCUAACCAUCCCUCAGAAUGAAAAGUGGGCAUCAUGGACCGGCAGCACCGGGCUGGGCAAAGAACAGAUUUGGAUUCCCCUUGCCCAGUAACAAAGCAAGCUCCAGACAGGCAAAGGCAAGAUAUGCAGAUGGCCUUCAUCGCAGAGGAUGUUCCCUCAUCCUGGACUGUGCCAGUUUUCUAACUGAGAGAGGUUUUUUGGUUUGGUUUGGUUUGGUUUAUUAUUUUUUGGGUCUGUGUGAGGCUGGGGGUUUAAGUUACAUUUAAACAAAAAUGUUUUAGGGGAUGCCUGUUGCAUAGAGUUGCAAUGGGACUGACUUCUUCCUCAUGCAGGCAACACAGUAACCAAGCCCAGCCUUUUCUGUCCCUGGACACUCUCAGAUUAGUGCCAACUAGAUUUGGGCAUUGGAGGGAGUUGUACACCAGUAGCCCCUGCCCUGGGUCCAGCUGGCAGAGGACCAGCUCCAGAAGCUUGACUGAGGUGGGGGAGGGUAGUGAUCACAGGAGUCAAAUGGGGACAGUUAUGUAUGUGUUGGGUACGACUGUGGAAAGGGAUACAUCUGCCAACUCCCUAUUCCGUGUUCCCCCUUAGACAAUCGGAACCAACUCCAUCCUGACCCCUCCUUCAUUUCCAUGGAAAUAUGGUAACAAGAGGGCAGGGAAAGCUAAAAAAAAAAAAAAAAAAAGCUUGGAAUUAUGAUAUCUUCUUUGGCUUGUGCCUGGGGACCUUCCCAGCAGGAGCCAAGAAGGAGAUGACACAGCAACACACCCUUUUACUCUUUCUCUCGCCUGAGACGGGCAUUUUCUUGGGUACAUGGGACUAUUACAGACAACAAUCUCCUAGCCUUCCCCAUCUCCAAGCACUAAGACUGGCGUUGUGUGCGUUCUACAGCUCUUUAUCUUUAUGGAAGAUAGGAAACAGGCACCCCAAAGCAUUAGAAAAGGAAAUGCAGUAAAAGUAUUAAUUGGAUCCACAUCCAUGCAGUUCUGGGAGCUUGGAGGAGACUGGAUGCCUACCCGGUGGGAACGGAUCCCUCGGGCCCUGUUUUAAGGGUAGGGAGUCGGGCAGAGAGUAAAAUAGAUCUCUAAUAGCCUCAGUACCGGGGAGAAGUGAUCUCUCCCUAUUAUCCGUCCCCCACCUCUCCAAUAGGGUACCCCAAUUCUCAGUGAUUGCCAACCUAGUGUUUGAGAUGUCCUGGGGUUUCUCAUUUAUCCCAAGGGGUGUCUUAAACGUCCCCAAACAAAACUAAUUUCAAAUCACUUUAAUUAGGAAAAUGUCAUUCAGCAUUGGGUGGGUCGGGGCAGGUGUCAGGAAAUCCAGCCACUUCGCUCCUGGGUCUAGCCUCUGCAGUGGGGGGCGGGGAGAAGAAUCUUUCCCUUCGCGGGUCCGGGCCGGGUCUUGCUCCCGGUACCCCACCUUUCGCGGAAGGGUUUGCGCGCGGGCACGUUCCCCGCCGAGCUCUUUCAGGCUUCGUGGCUUUCCGCCCACCUUGCUGCAGUCUAGAUGGAGAAAGCAGGCCUAGAGAUUGGGGUUUGUGCCGGCCUCCGGCGGGAAGGGGGUGGGGAUGGGGUGGGGGGCGGGUGGCAGGGUUACCAUAGUCUCCGACUGAAUGGAGACGGCUCCCAGUCACUUGGGCCUCCGCGGCGGUACGUGGGCGGGGAGCCGGAGGGCGUGGCCACUCCGGCGGAUACUUAGCUGGGCAAGCACAGCUGGGACUUAGUGGGUGGUCCCGCCCAGCACAUCUCGCCCCUCCCCCGGGCUCUCUGAGUAGGGUGUCCUGACCGGCCUCCAAGCUGGGGGAGUGUGCUAGAUGGGGGCGGGGGACCCGGGCUGAUGCCCACGCCGCUUUCUUUCUCCCUGCCCUUAAGAUUCAGCCUCCUUUGGAGUUCUGGGGCUCGAACUCCCUCCCUGCUUUCAAGCCUGCAGUAAAGUCUUUUUAAAAAAAAGUCUAAAUAGAAUCGGAUAUAAAAUAAGGCAAAAACAGGCAUGGCGAGAAGUAUUUGGUUGGAUUGGAUUUUUUUUUUCCUUGCCGUAGUGUGGUGCUGUUCACCAGGCUGAGAAGGGAAGCUCAUACAAUAAACAUUGAACGGGACUGAACAUUA